AUGGCACCACAACAGUCCAAAUUGGCUUCUACCAGCGCCAAUCCAGAGGAUAGCACCCCCUCAACUUCUAAUCCAACCGACUGCAAGCUUGAAAUUGAUCAAGCCUCAUUCACUCAUUCACCCUCGAAAAAAGGGUCUGGGAAGAAGCCAAAGACUGAGAAAAGAAAGGCACAGAACCGAGCAGCUCAGCAGAAAUUUCGUCACGGGAAACAACAAAAAAAUCAACAAACCAGCGCGGAGCUUAUUGAGGCGGAUCAUCUCAACAUCACACUGCGAGAGAAAGUCGCUUCACUUCAAAGCGAGCAAAAUAUAUUACGGCAAAAUGCUUCUCCAGCUGUUUUGGCCGAGGCGCAUCGAAGGUUCUCGGGUCCGGAACCUUUGAGUUCAACUUCUAGUUUACCAGAACCUGUAGAUCCUGCUGAAUUGAUACCAGGACCUAGCAACUUCAUCACACCGCCGCGCGCUUCCCAUCCUGUACCAAUGGAGUCCUUUUUUGAAGCCGAAUCAAUUCCUCAGCCGACUUUUCCUGGUCUAGAUUUUAGUCCAGAGCUUAGCUUUAGCCACUCAUCGAUGAAUCUUGACAAUAGUGAAAACUCAAUACAUAUUUCCCCUUACGAACCUGGAAUGAUCUUUAAUCAGAAGAUGUUACAAUCUGAUGAAGACGGAGCUAAAAUCGAAUUGCUCCAAAGAACAACAAUCGAAGCCCAUCCACAACUUGGACGCCCCUCUUCACUUACAUCAAGUCCUCUUGGCCAUACAACAGAUCCCAUGAGAAAGGAUUUCGUUGAGCCAAGUCAGAAAAAAACCUCGACUAGUUCUAGCAGCUCGUCUAAAUCAUCUCAUAUACCUCCACCAUGGGAUGAAUUCUGGGAAACCUAUUUUCCCGAAGCUGAGGCCGAGUUCCUGAUGAAUCAAGUCAAUCCAACCAAUCCUGAUCGAUCUCCCACCCACAUUGCCUCUCCAUCUCAGACCGGUUCCACAAAAGAAUCAAGUGAAGUGCCUGGUACCGGAAUGAGAGGGCUUCGCGGAGGAAAUCGAGAAUCGCCUAAACGUUCAAGAGACGGGAGCGACAAGGGAAAAAAUCCCAACCUAGCUCCAGCAUGGGAGCGGCCACCGAAUGUGAGCGAAGGAGAGGAUAUAAGACAGAUGUUCAAGGGGUCUCGCGCCUGGCGAAAGUUGAUGUCACAUCCGUUGGCUCCUGAUUGUGAUCAAGAAGAGCUGGCUCGUGCCUUACACAUUCAAGCACGUUUAUCUGACGGGAAACCGAUGAUUCCACAAGAUGAAGUAAUGAAAGUUUGGGAAUCGAUUCCAAAAAGAGCACAAGGUAAGAAAGAAGGUCACAAGAUACGUAAAGACGGUAGAGGGGAUGUUGAUACAGAUGAUUGAAUGUGGCAUUAAUCUUUUAAGUGGACUCCGAAGUCAAUACUUCUUUGGUCUGAUGGUUUCUCCACAAUUAUGCCACUCCUAAUAGCUUAUUCUAUUUUAUCAUAAAGUUCUCUCCGACUCUUCAAAUGAUGAGAGAUGUAAAUUAUAUCAUAUCAUCCCAGGUAGAAAUCAUUAAUACGCCAAAAUCGUUUUCUUGUUUUGAAAAAUUGCAGAUUGUAACAACCCUCUUGUCAGACUAUUUCCCCUUUUAUUCCGCUCCAAUUUUGGGUAGUAAGUCAACGUCAUUGUCAUCAUGUUUCAUAAUCUAUAUCAAUGUACUUUGUCAG